ACUAUGCGUGGCCCCUGCCCAGUGCAUUGUGUCCUAUCUGGAUCUACCUGGAUGUUCUCUUCUCUACAGCCAGUAUAAUGCACCUGUGUGCUAUAUCUCUGGAUCGAUAUGUGGCCAUAAGAAAUCCUAUUGAGCACAGCCGCUUCAACUCCAGAACUAAAGCUAUGAUGAAGAUAGCAGCUGUAUGGACCAUAUCUAUAGGUAAGUGAGGGGAUGUGUGGGUGCAUGCGUCACACACACACACACACACACACACACACACACACACACACACACACACACACAGAGUACUCCUUUAGGAAAUGUUGAUGAAUAGUGGCAGAAGGAGACUUUGUUAAUUCCUCUUUUUCUGCCUACUCAUCUAGACCUCCUGGCUAUUUAGCUGUUUAUCCCUCCCUCUCUCUUUCCCUCCCUCUCUCUCUCCCUCCCUCUCUCUUUGUAAAGCAUGGUGGUAUUCCACAACUGUGUGAGACUGACACAGACAGGAUUCUCUCUCUUUCUCUCUCUCUCUCUCUCUCUCUGUCUCUCUCCCCUUCUCUCUUUGAGGAUGGAAAGAUAAGUAAUGUCAAUUGGUCUGGUAGACAGUCAUCAAGUAUUCUCACGGCUUGCCAGGGUAUUGUGAACCGUGGUGGCGCAGUGGUCUAAGCAGCGCACUCCGGCUCUGAGCAUCACGAGUUUGUGCCCAGUGCUGGGCAAUUGUUUUCCUUUUUUUUGUGUGAGCACUGAGGAAAGUUCUGGGGAGUAAAAAAAUAUAUAUAAUACAGUGCAUUCAGAAAGUAUUCAGACCCCUUGACCUUUUCUACAUUUUGUUACGUUACAGCCUUAUUCUAAAAUGGAUUAAAUUGUUUGUUUUUUCAUCAAUCUAAACACAAUAACCCAUAAUGACAAAGCAAAAACAGGUUUUAAGAAAUGUUUGCAAAUGUAUUUAAAAUAGAAAACGGAAAUAUCACAUUUACUUAAGUAUUCAGACUCUUUACUCAGUAUUUUGUUGAAGCACCUUAUGCAGCGAUUACAGCCUCGAGUCUUCUUCAGUAUGAUGCUACAAGCUUGGCACACCUGUAUUUGGGGAGUUUCUCCCAUUCUUCUCUGCAGAUCCUCUCAAGUUCUGUCAGGUUGGAUGGGGAGCGUUGCUGCACCGCUAUUUUCAGGUCUCUCCAGAGAUGUUAGAUUAGUUUCAUGUCCGGGCUCUGGCUGGGCCACUCAAGGACAUUCAGAGACUUGUCCCGAAGCUACUCCUGUGUUGUCUUGGCUGUGUGCUUAGGGUCGUUGUCCUGUUGGAAGGUGAACCUUUGCCCCAGUCUGAGGUCUUGAGCGCUCUGGAGACGGUUUUCAUCAAGAAUCUCUCUGUACUUUGCUCCUUCUCUAUUUCCUUCGAUCCUGACUAGUCUCACAGUCCCUGCCGCUGAAAAACAUCCCCACAGCAUGAUACUGCCACCACCAUGCUUCACCGUAGGGAUGGUUCCAGGUUUCCUCCAGACGUGACGCUUGGCAUUCAGGCCAAAGAGUUAAAUCUUGCUUUCAUCAGACCAAAGAAUCUUGUUUCUCAUGGUCUGAGAGUCCUUUAGGUGCCUUCCGUCUGGCCACUCUACCAUAAAGACCUGAUUGGUGGAGUGCUGCAGAGAUGGUUCUCCCAUCUUCACAGAGGAACUCUGGAGCUCUGUCAGAGUGACCAUCGGGUUCUUGGUCAUCUCCCUGACCAAGGCCCUUCUCCCCCGAUUGCUCAGUUUGGCCGGGUGGCCAGCUCUAAGAACAGUGUUGGUGGUUCAAACUUCUUCCAUUUAAGAAUGGUGGAGGCCACUGUGUUCUUGGGGACCUUCAAUGCUGCAGACAUUUUUUGGUAUCCUUCCCCAGAUCUGUGCCUCGACACAAUCCUGUCUCUGAGCUCUACGGACAAUUCCUUCGACCUCAUGGCUUGAUUUUGGCUCUGACAUGCACUGUCAACUGUGGGACCUUAUAUAGACAGGUGUGUGCCUUUCCAAAUCAUGUCCAAUCAAUUGAAUUUACCACAGGUGGACUCCAUUCAAGUUGUAGAAAUAUCUCAAGGAUGAUCAAUGGAGACAGGAUGCACCUGAGCUCAAUUUUGAGUCUCAUAGCAAAGGUUCUGAAUACUUAUGUAAAUGAGGUAUUUCUGUUUUUUAUUUUUAAUACAUUUGCAAAAUGUCUAAAAACCUGUUUUCUCUUUGUCAUUGUGGGGUAUUGUGUGUAGAUUGAUGAGGAAAAUAAUGUAACAAAAUGUAAUGUAACAAAAUGUGGAAGAAGUCAAGGGGUCUGAAUACUUUCCGAAUGCAGUUUCUUGACUGCUUGUUAAUAAUCACCUAAAUGAAAGCUUAAAUAUACCAGUUUUUGCUAAUAUAGACGGACCUCGUGGAAGACCGAAUUCAGCCCCCGGGGCAAAAUAAAUUUGACACCACUGGAUUAGAGGGAUGCGUGGAAUUACUAUUUUCUCUGUCUUUGUCUGUCUGUUAGUCUCUCUCUCUCUCUCUCUCUCUCUCUCUCUCUCUCUCUCUCUCUCUCUCUCUCUCUCUCUCUCUCUCUCUCUCUCUCUCUCUCUCUCUCUCUCUCUCUUCCUUUCUUUCUCUCUCUCUCUCUCUCUCUCUCUUUCUUUCUGUCUCUCUCUCUAUCCUUUUUCUUUCUCUCGCUUCUCUCUCUGUAUUCUUCUUUCAUCCUUCUCUCUACAUUUAAUGAUGGUUAUUAGGUCUUCAUCACACUCCUCCCUCCCACUCCUCUCUUUUUAUUUCCUUCUCUCAUCCCUAUUUUCUCUCGCUCGUUCUAUUUUUUCAUCCAUAUCUAGUCAUCGGCCUCCACAACAAGGACAAUUUCUUAAUCUCUCUCCUCGCCACAUCCUUUUAUUUAUCUCUCUCCUUCUCUAAGGAGUGUCCAUGCCUAAAACAUUAAUCAGCAUCCACAACAAGGAUAAAGUCUUCAUCUGUCUCUCCUUCUCUCAAACCCCCUUUUCUUUCUCUCCCCUCCCUCCUUCCCUACUUUUCUCCUAUCUCAUCCCUCUCUUUCUUUCUCUCCCUCUAUCUUAGGAGUGUCCAAUCCUAUCCCGGUCAUCAGCCUUUACAAGGACAAUGCCUUUAUCUGUCUCUCUCUGAUCUAUCUAUCUUCUUGUCUAAUCUCAUUCUCUUUCUCUCUCUCCUUCUACUAGGAGUGUCAAUGCCUAUCCCUGUCAUCGGCCUCCAUAACAAGGACAAGGUGUUUGUUGACGGAAGCUGUGUCCUCAACGAGGAGCGUUUCAUGCUGAUUGGCUCGUUCGUGGCCUUCUUCAUCCCAUUGGUCAUCAUGGUGGUAUCCUACUACCUAACCAUACAGGUCUGUCAGAGAGUGUUUUGAUUGGUUAGCCAUUUAAUGUUCUGUCUUUUGAUUGGCUAGCCAUGUAUUUGUCCCACCUCUGAUUGAAUCUCAUUGGUCUGUCAGAGAGGAAAUAUAACACAGGCCCAACUUUGUCGGCUACAACCACUAAGAUAGUGUUGUCAUUGUUUUGAUUUGCCAGAAAUGUAUUUCUUCAAUUUCCAAAACGUUAUUGUCCCUUUUUGAUAGGAAUGGAAAUGUGUCUUCGGCUUAAAAAGCAUGUGCUCAUACACAUAGCAAACACAGACAUAAGACAUAAGAACAGUAGGACAAAAUUUGACCACUGUAAUAUCACAUCCUGUCUGUCUUUCUCCAGGUCCUCCAGUGCCAGGCAACCGUCUUCCUCUACGAGGGGAAGACUCCCUCCCAUCAGCCACUACAGGCACCGCCCACUCCCUCAAACCACCGAUCCCCGGCCCCAAACGUCCAAGUCCCGCCCAUAAACAUUGAGGCUCCUCCUCCUAGCAGACAAGGGAGUCUGAAAUGCCUGAAAGGGGCAGAGCAUGUCCGGCAGACCAGCCUCCUAAGCACCUCCCCCUCAGAGAUCAUUAGCAUAAUUCCAAGUUCUGAGGUGGUGUCACAGCUGAGCUCGCCGACGGGGCGAGAUCCACGGGACAGUAUCGGGAGACGGGGGAUGAUACAGGCCAUCAAGAACGAGAGGCGGGCCUCCAAGGUGAGGACCAACUUUACACAUCUAUGAGCUUAUUUUCUGUUCUCGUCUCCUUCGCUUCUAGUCUCUUCCAUUUCAUUCCUUUCCAUUCUGUUCUAUUGCAUUCCAUAACCUUUUAUACACACUAAUCUUGUUCUAUGUUGUCUAUUCUACUCUGUUCUAUGUUCUAGGUUCUGAGGAUUGUGUUCUCUAAUCUAAUCUGUUCUAAUGUGUUCUAUGUUCUCUGUCCUAUUCUCUAGGUGCUGGGGAUCGUGUUCUUCCUCUUCCUGAUCAUGUGGUGUCCUUUUUUCAUCACCAACGUCACAUACGUCCUCUGCCAGGGUUCAUGCAACGAGCCGCUAUUGGCCGAACUCCUCAACGUCUUCGUAUGGGUGGGAUAUAUAUCCUCCGGAGUUAACCCUUUAGUGUAUACGUUGUUUAACAAGACAUAUAGAAGGGCGUUUUCCAGCUAUAUGCGUUGUCAGUAUAACACAGGGCCAAACGCCGGAGUUAGUAGUAAGUCGCUUGCAGUUACGACGAUGCAGUGUCCGUCACAUGCCGUCACACCCAUAUUUGGACAUAAUGGUGGGAAUGGGAAGAUGGGAAGUGUGGACCGGAAUAGUAACUGUCGGAAUGGUGGUGGAGGGGCCCGGGCGGAUGGGUAUGGGAUGAACAGAGGGGUGGAGCCUGACGACCCCACAGAUGACAGGAUGGGGAUGGAGAUGGAAUGUCCUGGGAUAAUGUCGGAAUUAAAACCCGGAAUGUCGGAGCUGAAGCUUUCUGUCGACAGCUUCUGCCACACCCACAUGGAGCGCACCAGCAGCGUC